AGUUGUCAGUCGUCAUGAUGACUCGAUGACUCGACCGUGAGACUGAUUGUCACAAUUUAUUGAAGUCGGGGUCGUGGUAUUGGAGUAUUGGAGAAGUAGUCAAGCCAGGCACAUUACACAUUGUAUGUUGUCUCUGUCGUGGUCAAUUUAAUAACAUUAGACAGUGCAAUACUGUGAAUUAAAUAGCUGUGUUGUCUAUAUACAACAAACUUUAUUAUCAAUAGUAAUCAGAGCUAUUAAAAUGGCUGACAGUCCUAGCUCAGGGUCUACCGACAGCUCACAGCAAGUCGAAAAGGGCUGGGGAGCAUUGAAACAGCAUGUACUUGCUAAUAAAAUUAAUGCUGGACUUUGGGCCACUAGAGUAUUUACUAUUUUAUUUACCAUUGGAUAUUUAAUUCCAGUUUUUGGAAAUUCGUAUAAUGCUUAUUACAAAGUAUUAAUGAGUGCUGCUGCUACCAGCGCACUUAGGUUACAUCAAAGAGUCCCAGUGGUUCGACUCAACAUGCAAUUUAUUGAAGAUUUACUCAUGGAGGAUUCGUGUCACUACUUAUUAUACUCUAUAAUAUUUUUAUAUGUGUCACCUGUGACAAUGGUGCUGGUACCGGUUUUAUUAUUCGCAAUUCUCCAUGCAGCUAGUUAUUCUCUCGCACUAUUAGACACACUUGGGCAAAAUAGCUGUUGGCCGGCUCGACUCAUGAUAUCUCUGGUUGAGUAUCAAUCGAGCAAUAUUUUACGACUUUGUGGAUUAUGUGAAAUCAUGAUAUUGCCGCUUACAAUCAUUCUAGUCUUUUCUGGGCGUGCUGGUUUGCUAACACCGUUUGUGUACUAUCAAUUUUUCAAAAUGCGUUUAUCGUCACGAAGAAACCACUUCACACGCAACACCUUCCACGAAUUGAGAAACGCUUUGAGUUCGUUGUCUAUGCGGCCAUCAAUGCCUGGUGUUGUCAGAUGGUUAAUAAACGUUCUGCUCAAAAUCACCCAACAAAUAACUCCGAAUCCUGUUCCUCAGUAACCCUUUUUCAUUUUCUGUGAGUUUAAAUAAUAAUAAUAAUACUAACAAAAAUAAUAAUAUAUAAUUUUUUUUUU